GGCGCGCUGGCCCGGUGCCAGAGCUUCCCUGUGCCGGGGUCAUGGAAGGGCUGCUGAUGAGAGGCAGAGCGUUGCCUGUCCUGGCCACCUGCAGCUGCCAGCUGUCGGGGGCUGUUCCUCGCAGGUUUCACCACUGUGCCCCAGGGAGAGCGCAGCGCUUGGUGCUGUCCCGUGUGUUCCAGCCACAGAACCUUCGGGAAGACCAGGUGCUCUCCCUGGAGGGCAAGUCUGGCGACCUGACCUGCAAGAGCCAGCAGCUGAUGCUGCAGGUAGGCCUGAUCCACCCAGCCAGCCCCGGCUGCUACCACCUCCUGCCUUAUGCGGUCCGCGCCAUGGAGAAGCUCGUGCGGGUCAUAGACCAGGAGAUGCAGGCCAUCGGGGGCCAGAAAGUCAACAUGCCCAGCCUCAGCCCAGCGGAGCUCUGGCGAGCCACCGACCGGUGGGACUUGAUGGGCAAGGAACUGCUGAGACUUAGAGACAGACAUGGCAAGGAUUACUGCUUAGGACCAACUCACGAGGAAGCCAUCACAGCCCUGGUCGCCUCCCAGAAGAAGCUGUCCUACAAACAGCUUCCGCUCCUGCUGUACCAAGUGACGAGGAAGUUUCGGGACGAGCCCAGGCCCCGCUUCGGCCUUCUGCGUGGCCGAGAGUUUUACAUGAAGGAUAUGUACACCUUCGACUCUUCCCCGGAGGCCGCCCGGCAGACCUACGGCCUGGUGUGUGAUGCCUACUGCAGCCUGCUGGACAGGCUGGGGCUGCCCUUUAUCAAGGUCCAGGCCCACGUGGGCAGCGUCGGGGGCACGAUGUCUCACGAGUUCCAGCUCCCAGUGGAUGUUGGAGAGGACCGGCUUGCCAUCUGUCCCAGCUGCAGCUUCUCAGCCAACGUGGAGACACUAGAUGUGUCACAAACGAACUGCCCUGCUUGCCGGGGCCCACUGACUGAAACCAAAGGCAUCGAGGUGGGGCACACGUUUUACCUGGGCACCAAGUACUCAUCCGUUUUCAACGCCCAGUUCACCGACGUGCACUGCAAGCCACACCUGGCCGAAAUGGGGUGCUACGGCUUGGGCGUGACACGGAUCUUGGCUGCUGCCAUUGAAGUCCUCUCUACGGAAGACUGUGUCCGCUGGCCCUGCCUCCUGGCCCCUUACCAGGUCUGCCUCAUCCCCCCUAAGAAGGGUAGUAAGGAGGCGGCGGCCACAGGGCUCACCGAGCAGCUAUAUGACCACGUCACGGAGGUGGUGCCUCAGCUCCGUGGGGAGAUGCUGCUGGACGACAGGGCCCACCUGACCAUUGGAAACAGGCUGAAGGACGCCAAGAAGUUUGGCUACCCCUAUGUGGUCAUUGCAGGCAAGAGGGCCCUGGAGGACCCAGCCCAUUUUGAGGUUUGGCAUCAGAAUGCUGGUGAGGUGAUCUUCCUCACCCAAGAAGGAGUCGUGGAAUUACUGACCCAAGUACAGACUGUCUAAACGCCCCCAGCCCAACUCGCAGCCUAGGUGUCCGCUCUAACUCUGCAUUUCCCUACACUCCUUUCCUGGCUGGU